GCUCGGCGGAUCGAUGUUCGCUGGCAUCGCCUCGCCCUGCCUGUGUGUGCGUGUGCGCGCGUGUGUGUGCGGGGCGCGCGUGUGUGUGUGUGUGUGUGUGAGCGCGUGUGCGCGCGUGUGCCCGCGCCGGGGGUGCGUGUGCGCGCGUGUGUGUGCGGAUCCCACAUUUCCUCCCAUCCCGAGCCUCCCUGUCCGCUCCCAUAUCACUCACUGCCUGGCAUCUGACAGCACGGAACCUGCGGCGCUCCGCGCACACACACGCACGCACACACACACACACACCGCGCACACCCGGGCACCGCUCCGCCAUACGGCUCUGCGAGGAGGAGGAGGACAGGACAGGGAAGGGAGGAAGCAGCCAGCCCCACAGUCUCUCCAGAGCUGCCUUUUUAAUAUAUACAGAUCUAUUUUGUUAUUUAUUUAUUACCGUUCUCUGGCACUGUGGGCGCCUUUCAUUUGCUCCUGAGCUUGGAUGUUUGAAUCAAAGCAAAGCAAGUGUUGCAACAGUUAAAAAAAAAAAAAAAAAAAAGAAAAGCCAACCAAAAAAAAAAAAAAAAAAGGGAGAGAGAGAGAGAGAGAGAGAAAGAGAAAGAAAGAAACCUAGAUCUCUAAAAUAAAAUAAAAACCAAACAGGUUCCUAUCAGUGAAGUGGAAAGGAGGGGGGCAGGGGAGGCUUGAGGGGGGUGCUGGGGAAGCAGCUGAGAGGCAGAGGAACACGGCUCAGGAGCGACUCAGGGCUCUCGGAUCUGGGGACAGAAGUGAGAUUGGAGAAAGUAGAGCGAUGCCAAGGAGGAAACAGCAAGCUCCCAAACGGGCUGCAGGUUACGUCCAAGAGGAAGAUUUAAAGGAAGAGGAAGAUAUAAAGGAGGAGGAAGAAGAUGACGAUGACAACAACUCCACUGCUCAGCUGCAGAGCAGCAAUGACACUGGCACGGAUGAGGAGCACGAAGUGGGUCCUGAGCAGAAAGGGAACUUCAGUUUCCAGAAUUCCCCUGUCAGUCACAUUUCCAACCAGGACGCGGAGAACGAGUCGCUGCUGAGUGACAGUAGUGACCAUGUGGCAGAUAUCAAAAACAUCUGCUCCAGGGAGCCCCAGGACCCCAAAAGCAGCGCCCACCCCAAAGCCCAGAGCGAAGCACACGAUUGCAUGGAUAAAAUGACAGCAGUCUAUGCCAACAUCCUGUCGGACUCUUACUGGACAGGCUUGGGGCUGGGUUUCAAGUUGUCCAACUCUGAAAAGAGGAGUUGCGACAACAGGAACGGAGGGAACAAAGCUGAUUUCGAUUGGCACCAAGACGCACUGUCCAAAAGCUUGCAGCAGAAUUUACCUUCCAGGCCUGUCUCCAAGCCCAACCUGUUCAGCUCGGUGCAGCUCUACAGGCAGAGCAGCAAAAUGUGCGGGACUGUGUUCACGGGCGCCAGCCGGUUCCGCUGCCGGCAGUGCAGCGCUGCCUACGACACCCUGGUAGAGCUCACGGUGCACAUGAACGAGACAGGCCACUACCAGGAUGACAACCACAAAAAGGACAAGCACAGACCUACCAGCUACUCCAAGCCCCGGAAAAGGGCCUUCCAGGACAUGGACAAGGAAGAUGCACAAAAAGUUCUGAAGUGUAUGUUCUGUGGUGACUCUUUUGAUUCCCUUCAAGAUCUGAGUGUUCAUAUGAUAAAAACAAAACAUUACCAAAAAGUGCCUUUGAAGGAGCCGGUACCAACCAUUUCUUCAAAAAUGGUCACUCCAGCCAAGAAACGUGUGUUUGAUGUGAACAGGCCUUGCUCCCCCGACUCCACAACAGGGUCUUUCUCAGACACCUUCUCUCCCCAGAAGAACACGAACCUGCAGCUCUCCUCCAACAACCGCUACGGGUACCAGAACGGGGCCAGCUACACCUGGCAGUUCGAGGCCUGCAAAUCACAGAUUUUGAAGUGUAUGGAAUGUGGAAGCUCUCAUGAUACCUUGCAGCAGCUCACAACCCACAUGAUGGUCACUGGCCAUUUCUUGAAAGUCACAAGUUCAGCUUCAAAGAAAGGAAAGCAACUUGUUCUGGAUCCUUUGGCUGUGGAAAAAAUGCAAUCGCUGUCUGAAGCACCAGCCAGUGACAGCCCCGUUUCAAAAUCAACCAGUAAAUCAUCUGCAGAAUGCAUAGGCCCUGCCUCUGAACUUAAAAAAGAAAGUAAAAAAGAUAAAGCUGAUGAUGCAAACAAAGAUGAGAAAGCAAUGAAAACUGAGGAGUAUGAAGACACUCUUCAGAAACCCCUGGAUCCCACAAUGAAAUAUCAGUACCUCCGAGAAGAAGAUUUAGAAGAUGGUUCAAAGGGUGGUGGGGACAUUUUAAAAUCCUUGGAGAACACUGUCACGACAGCCAUCAAUAAAGCUCAGAACGGAGCUCCCAGCUGGAGUGCGUAUCCCAGCAUCCACGCAGCUUACCAGCUCUCCGAGGCAGCCAAGCCGUCCUUGCCUGUGGGAUCCCAGGUGCUCCAAAUCAGGCCAACCAUGACCAAUAAAUUGAGGCCCAUAGCGCCCAAGUGGAAGGUGAUGCCUCUGGUCCCUAUCUCAGCAAACGUGAGCCAGUGCACUCAAGUGAAGAAGGAGGCUGAGGACAAGGAGGAGGUGCAUAAGGACUAUGCUAAGGAGACUGUCCAGGCUGAGCCAGCCUCACUCAGCCAAAAUGAGAGGGAACCUCCCCUCAAAGCUGAAGCUUCUGUGGAGCCAAAAAAGACAGAACCAAGUCCCUUGAAAGAAGAAGACAAAAUUAAAGAGGACAGUGGAAAAGAAAAGCCAGUUCUCAAGGAGCCACCGGCAGCUUCUCUCAGUAAUGGUUGUGCCACUGCCAACCAUUCCUCGGAGCUGCCCUGCGUGAACCCCCUGAGCGCACUGCAGUCCGUCCUGAACAAUCACCUGGGCAAAGCCACUGAGCCCUUACAGCCUCAAUCCAGCUGCAGCCCCAGCUCUAGCACAAUUUCCAUGUUCCACAAACCCAAUCUAAACAUGAUGGAGAAGCCAGUUUUAUCUCCCGCUCCAACCCCACCAAAGCCUGCAAGCGUAUCCAGGCACUAUUUGUUUGAAAACAACGACCAGCCUAUUGACCUGACCAAAUCCAAAGGCAAGAAAGCUGAGUCAGCUCAAGCACAAUCUUGUACUUCUCCACCUCAGAAGCACGCUCUGUCUGACAUCGCCGACAUGGUCAAAGUUCUUCCCAAAGCUACCACACCAAAACCUGCUGCAUCCUCAAGGAUCCCGUCCAUGAAGUUGGAAAUAGAUGUCCGACGCUUCGAGGACGUCUCCACGGAAGUCUCCACUCUGCAUAAAAGGAAGGGCAGGCAGUCAAACUGGAACCCUCAGCAUCUGCUCAUUUUGCAAGCUCAGUUUGCUUCCAGCCUCUUCCAGACAUCUGAAGGUAAAUAUUUAUUAUCAGAUCUAGGCCCACAAGAGCGCAUGCAGAUUUCCAAAUUCACUGGACUGUCGAUGACCACCAUCAGCCACUGGUUGGCAAAUGUCAAGUAUCAACUUAGGAAAACCGGAGGAACAAAGUUUUUGAAAAACAUGGACAAAGGACAUCCAGUCUUUUAUUGCAGCGACUGUGCAUCUCAGUUCCGAACCCCCUCUACUUACAUUAGCCACUUAGAAUCCCACCUAGGUUUCCAAAUGAAAGACAUGAACAGGCUGGCUGUGGAGCAGCAAACCAAGGUAGAGCAAGAAAUCUCCAGAGUUUCAGUUCAAAGAUCUCCUGAAACAAUAGCUGGAGAAGAGGACACAGACUCUAAGUUCAAAUGUAAGUUGUGCUGUCGGACAUUUGCGAGCAAACAUGCAGUAAAACUUCAUCUAAGCAAAACACACAGCAAGUCACCAGAACACCAUUCACAAUUUGUAGCAGAAGUGGAUGAAGAAUAACUCUUAAGGACGAUUGCCUUAGCCCAGCUCUCCAGCCCAGCUCCGCGCCCGGCCCCGCGCGCCACCGCGGCCCUGACAUUGAACUCACAGCAACCCGGACCGAGGAGGCUGCCAAAAAACUCCUGCUAUUCUUCUUCAUCCUCACUAACAAUUUGGUAAUGAAGUAUUGAUUUCCACUCCCCUGCUUAUGGACGAUAUUAGAUUUUCAUUGAUAAACUGCACUGGGGCUGUCUGGUCUCCACUGUCCCUUUUUGCUGUCACUAAAACAAAGUGCCACUGAAGUAAGAUAAUGACUGAGAACAUUGAUGUACUUAUUUCGUCAAUUUGUAACACUUGACAGGAAAAAAAAAUUCUUCAUAGUUUAAUGUCCAAGUGUGCUACACAAGAUGCAGUCACAUUGGAAGCUUUACUUUUCAUGGUAAUGUCCAUUUCCUAUUUAUAACCCCUUUGGGAUAGUUUGUCUAAAGGAAAUGUUUCUAUUCUGUGCAGCUAUUACUGUUGCACCUGGGUUGCCCAAUCCAGUCAUUGCACUAGGGAUCAAUACAUCACAGUAAGUACAAGAAUUAUUAAGUUAAAACAGAUUCUGAGCCAAAAAACCUCUGAACAAUGUUAAUCUUCUGUGCAAGUUGUUCAAAUAGUUAUGCUUAACCAUGUUGCUGCCAAAGAUUUGUUUGAAAUGGAUUAUUUUCAGUUUGUUUUAUUCCUCAGAUAUAUAUAUAUAUUUAAAUCUCCAUUACGGUUUAUGACGAGACAUAUGGG